CAACAUAGGCUCGAGGAGGGGGCGGGGACUGUCAGACCGCCAUCUUCUGUAUUGACAAUCGUAUAGAGUAGAUUCGGGGCACCGACAUCCUGGACGCGGUCAGGUAGUUUUCAGGCGGCCGGUCAUGUCUGAACCCGGAGGAGGACGGAGGCCCGGGGGAGGGGUGUGCAGAGCCCGCAGCAGCGGCCGGAGGAAGGGGAGGAAGAACAAAGUCCGGGCUACCCCUUUCCCGAUCCGUCUCCAUCAUCAUCACCAGCGUUCAGCCGAGAAUGCGGCAAGCGGGGGGCCUGUGGAGGUCCAGCCCGCCAGGGCGGCCCAGUAUAGACAGCUCCGGAGAGAGGGGUUAAUGACAAAAGUAAAGACCGAAAAGAAGACGGUAAAAUCAGAAAAGAACAGUACAACAACAACCCAUAGCCCUUCAGUACAUCGUUGUGAACAAUGGAAUCUUCACAAACAGAAAAACAAACUUAAUGUUCAGCAUACGAAGACCAAUUCCCCACGAAAAACGGAAAGGCUUCAAACUGAUUCUGAGCUUGCCAACAGUGCAGUUCAAAAAACUGAAAAGAAACCCUUAACGAGCACUGAAAAUGUCCAGAACAUGAAGUCGAAAAAAGACAUUUGCACUAGCGAUGAAAAAGGAAUCAAUUAUGCAGGAGCAAAGUUUAGUGACCCGCCCUCCCCAAGUGUCCUUCCAAAGCCACCAAGUCACUGGAUGGACAUGACCAUUCAGCAUUCCAAUCAGUGCAAGGAGCUGAUGACUUACCACCUGAAAACCCUGUUGAAAGUCCAGUUGUAGUCGCCCCGUCUUUUUGAUGCUCUUUCUGUACUCUUGUCAAUGGAACAAUUAUGUCCAGCAUUUUGCAAGAAGCUUUUUUUUCCCUCCCUGCAAGAACAUUUAUGGGACUUGCAUUUUACAUUUCUGUACAAAUGUCCAGUAUUCUAUUUUGUAUGGUUGUGUAAAUAGUGUACACAGUGUAAUAUGUGUAUAUCAUUGUUUAUACUACAAGUAAAUUUAGUUUUGUUAUAAAAGGAUGUAUUUUGACCUUACAAAAAGCUAGGCGUUUUUGUAUGUAAAGUGGAAAUGCUUAUGUGCCGUGAAAUUAAAUAUGAAAGUCUCC